CUGGAUUUAAAAAAAAAUAAAACUUACACUGUGGUGUACGAACUUGCUAAUUUAUUAUUAUUUUAUUUUUUAAUAAUCCCUUCUAAUUUAAAGUUGUGCUUUGAAAUUUCGUUCAUAGAGUAAGUAGUUGUACGUACAGGUUUUAUAAAGUAAUUUAAAUAAAUGCAAUUGGCAGGUGCCCAAAAUUCUACAUAAUGCAGUGAGCGCUGAUGAUAAACACUAGUUUGUUAUUAUGAGUUAUCAGGAAGAGCCCAGUUCUUAUGGGGCCACAUUCCCCAAGGAUUUUGUUUAUGGACCAUUUGAACAAAAUGGGGAGGGCGAUAAUACGUCAUUACAAGAGGAUCAUAAACCACGGAUUCUUCUAAUGGGUUUAAGAAGGUCUGGUAAAUCAUCAAUACAAAAAGUGGUAUUUCAUAAGAUGUCACCAAACGAGACAUUGUUUCUAGAGUCCACCAACAAAAUUGUCAAAGAUGAUAUAAAUAACAGCAGCUUUGUGCAAUUUCAAAUUUGGGAUUUUCCAGGACAAAUAGAUUUCUUUGAUCCAACAUUUGAUUCUGACAUUAUAUUUGGUGGCUGUGGAGCUUUAGUUUUCGUUAUAGACGCACAGGAUGAUUACCAAGACGCUUUGGAUAAACUGCAACUAACAGUCACUAAAGCCUACAGAGUAAAUAAUAACAUUAAGUUCGAAGUUUUUAUUCAUAAAGUAGAUGGAUUAAAUGAUGACUACAAAAUGGAAUCACAAAGAGAUAUUCACCAUAGAGCCACUGAGGAUCUUGCAGAAGCUGGUUUAGAACAUGUGCAUUUAUCAUUUCACCUAACAUCAAUAUAUGAUCAUUCUAUAUUUGAAGCAUUCAGCAAAGUGGUUCAAAAAUUGAUUCCUCAACUACCAACAUUAGAAAAUCUUCUUAAUAUACUGAUAUCAAAUUCAGGCAUAGAAAAAGCAUUCCUUUUUGAUGUAGUCUCCAAAAUUUACAUAGCAACAGACAGUUCACCUGUGGAUAUGCAAAGUUAUGAAUUAUGCUGUGACAUGAUUGAUGUAGUCAUAGACAUUUCCUGCAUAUAUGGAAUGGUUGAUGAAACAGAUGUGAAUACAUUUAAUAAUCAAAGUUCAAGUCUAAUUAAACUUAAUAAUGGUACUGUAUUAUAUCUACGAGAAGUUAAUAAAUUCCUGGCCUUAGUUUGUAUAUUAAGAGAGGAAAAUUUCCAGAAACAAGGUGUAAUAGAUUACAAUUUUCUGUGCUUCCGUGAUGCUAUAACUCAAGUGUUUGAGCUGCGUAAUAAAUGUCAGAGCGCUAUUGCUAUGGCGCGAGCAAGAAGCGGCACCCCGGAGCCGGUCGCUAACGGCGCCGCUGACUCCACUGAGAGCACAUCAGACCAUUCACAAGUUGUACAAUUACCAUAGCACAUUUACAUACCUCUAUACUAUAUAUAUAUAUAUAUAUAUAUAUAUAUAUAUAUAAUUGCUUAUGUAUUCAAAAUAUUUAUAAGAUUAGUACCUACAUAAAGACAAUGUUAUUUUCAUUUAAAGAUUUAACAAUUUAUUAAUAAAAUAUAAAUUAUGUUUU